AUGAGUGUGGAUACGCGUCUCAUCAGCGAUUCGUACUCAAGCGUAGAUACUUCACUGUGCAAAAGCCAGGAUAAUUUCGAUUUCAAUUUCGAAAAAAAUGCUACAAAUUUCGGCUUUUUUGACCAGUGGAUAGUCUGGGAAGGCGGAAUCGCCUUUCACGUUGUUUAUUGGCUUAUAAUUGCACUCCUAUUCUUUGCAAUUAUCUAUUCACUCCGUCGGAUAUUCAGUUGGCAAUGGCUUACCGAAAGAUUUGUCGGCCAUGCCGAGCCUUCCGAGCAGAAUAAGAAGAAUAAGAGUUGUUCCGGUUGGAUCGACGAGCAAGCAGUCGGCCAAGAUGGAGCCACUUACCUAUGGUUUCAAGCCCGAAAAAUGGUCGUCAACAGUUGGAUUAUGAUCGUCAGCGUUGUUCUCAUCGUGUUACACAUGUUUGGUGAAAAGCAAGGAUCAGACCAACAUCUAAGCUCUACAACUCUUAGUAACAUCGGAGUGAAUGGCAUCCACCCCGUUUUCUCCUUGACCGUUUUGGGCGUUUUGGGCCUGUUGAUGUACCUACACGGGCAAGAACGGAACAUCAGGUCUUUGGCUAGUCCCAGCAUCCCAAACAGAUUUCGCAACAGACGUUGGCUAAUGAUUUCAGGAUUGCCGCUUACCACUACGGCUGAUUCCUUGUUUGAUUACUUGAAGGGCAGAUUCAAAUCGAAAGGAAUUUCCCGUGAAGAAAUCAAACUUGCCUACGAUCUCACCAAACUGCAGCCCGUGUUGGACGAAUUGAAAUUCUUACGAGAAGUAAAACAAACAUUGGCGACUUCCGGACCGGAAGUGAUUCAGAAUCGCUUAAUGGAUUUCUUUUACAGCGAUGGAUUAACUGAAGCCGUUGAGAGCGGACGAGUCCUACAUCCCAGUUCCCUAAUUACCAGCAAAUACGACAACGUCGACGCUAUGAAGUUCUACAGCGAAAGAGAAGCAAUUCUAUUGGCCCGGAAGGACGAAAUGUUAAGUAACCGAAAAUUCACCGGAACAGCUUUUGUCCGGUUCAACAGUCCGGCCGAUGCCAAGGCUACCAAAAAGGAACUGCGAAAACUCCAGCAAUCCGCUAGAUUCUGGAAUGAUGUGGUGGAAAACCAGGAAUUCCGGCCUUCCAAAUGGUCCGUCGAAUACGCCCCUCCCGGCUCGCAGAUCAAUUGGUCGCAAUUGAAAGAACCACGUCCGCUUUGGAAGACCUUGGUCGUCUUGCUAAUUUUAGCAGCCACAUAUUUUCUCUACAUUGUUCUAUUGGCCGCACCCGGAUACAUUGUCGAAUUGUUACAUUUGGUAGGACAUGGAUCGGAUCAUUUUUCUGUAUCGUGGAAUGUCUUCAUUUUGCCCACCCUGGCGUCUUUCUUCACCAGCAAACUGACCGAGUUAGUGACCAACAUCGACAUGUACCGACAUCACCAGUUUGUUUCCAGCAUCGAAUUGGGUAGAUUUCGAUCAAUAUGCAAUCUAUCGGCCAUCCUCUACUUGAUCCGGAUGAUGGCGACAAAACCGCUGGCGGAAUUAUUCAUUGGAAGAUUCACUUAUGGGGAUAUUAGCUGGGCGUGCCUAUUUUUCCCGGAACAUGGUAGUUUCAUCACUUGCGCCAUCAUUGUCAACACUGCAAGUGGGAUUUUAAUGAAUCACGUUCGAUUAGAAUUUCUGACAAGUUACCUAUUGAAAUGGUUCACUUUUCGGUCGAACGCGGAGCAGAUCACCUGGAGGAGGAACUACCGUCUCGAGUUUGACUUUGCGGCCAAUUACGCGGAAUUGACUAGUAAUUUUGGCCUGACGAUGCUCAUUUUCAUCAUGUUCCCGGUCAUCGGAGUGGUGUCGUGGGUCUGUGGCAUUUGUCGAUUUUUAAGCGAUAGGGCCGCCCUGAUGGAGAUGUACGCCAUCAGCAACACGAGUCCCGAAUUGCACAGGGAGCCGAUCGACCAGGUGAUUUGCUUAUCCAUUUUUUCGCCUUUGGCAUUGCUCGGCUACCGGAUCAUUCAAAUGGGCAGCAAAUCAGUCGCUCACUUGGUCGAAGAAUCUUUUCUAGCGCCACUUUGCGUCGCCAUUUUGUACGCCCUGUACUUGAUUGUAGCCCAUUGGCGAUUUCACUGGCCGAAAAUGAUCCGAUUGCGUCAAUGGUUUGGAUACCCGAUUAACGAGGAGGAAGAAGAAGAGGAGGACGUGGUCGAUUGGUCCACGUAUUUGCAACACGAAUACGACCCCAUUACUAAAAUUCAAUCCGAACAAUUCUCAUACAAAAGUAUGGUGUAA